GUGAAAGAGUAUGGUUGAAGAGAGAAGAAGCGGUGGAAAUGAAAGUGACAUGGAAGAACAAGAAGAAGAAGCUUUGUUUGCCAGCGUUGUCAUACUUCAUUGAGGACCAACCCUUUCCACAAAAGAACAACGAUGCUGAAGAAGAUGGUGAUGGAUUACAUGCUCCCAAUCCUGAACAGUCCCAACACUCUGACUUGGAGAAAGCAAGACAACUCGCUAAGGAGUUUCAAGCUCAAGGAGACAACCUUGCUGUGGAUGGGAAGUACCGGGAAGCGCUGGGUAAAUGGGAAACUGCUCUUACAUUGGCACCUGAUGUUCCAGUUUUGCAUGAACAAAAGGCACAAGUUUUGCUAGAAAUUGGAGAUGCUUGGAAUGCUUUAAAGGCUGCAACUCGAGCUACUGAAUUGGAACCAUCCUGGGCUGAGGCAUGGGUCACACUUGGCAGAGCACAGCUGAAUUUUGGUGAGCCAGAUAAUGCUAUUGAAAGCUUUGACAGAGCUUUAGCUCUCAAGCCUGAUUAUGAGGAAACUCGAGAUGAUAGGAAAACUGCAUUAAAUCUUGUAAAGAAGAGAAAGCAACUUCACUCAUCAGGCUUGAGUGCCACUCAAAAUCGUUAUGCGGUAGGUGAUAAGGAUGAACGCUCAUGAAGGUAUACAACAGUGGAGAAAGUUAUCCAAAUAUUCCUAUGUCUUAUUUGAUUAUCUCAGUUUCUGUUAAGAUAGGAGAUUUUAAGUUGUAUAUUGUCAGCAACUGAUUGUUCAAAAGGUUCAUUGUGAUGUACAGGUGGCGUGAUAGUUAUGUUUAUGUGUUGAUUAGGUUGUUGCAGAUCGAUUAGGUAAUAAAUGUAGAAUGACCUUGUGCUGAGAAUACUAAAAAUGUGAAAUCUCAAUGUCCAAGACUUCCUGACUUUGGGAGAGUAGAGGUGAGGGACAAUUAUAUGGAGUCUUAUUCUUAUAUUUUUUCUUCAAAGAGACUAUUUU